AUGCCAGGUCUCAAGCGCUCUCGCGCGCAGGACGAUGUCGCUGGAGAGAUCGAUGAUGUGCAUCCGAGUCGCAAACGUCGACUGGAGUUUAGCAAAACAGAUGCGAAACUCGCCAAGAUCUAUGGCGAGCUGGCUGAGCACGACUCCAAGCUUCGACUUCAAGCCGCCAUUGAAUUACUGGAGACGAUCAAGUCGACAUCGUCGCAACAAGACGAGCUCAUUACGAGAGUGCUGGAGAGACUUAUCAAAGGCUUAUGCAGUAGUAACAAAGCUGCCAGACUGGGUUUCUCGGUGGCGCUGUCUGAGGUUGUGCGACUGGCUCUCGACAGAGCAUCCGCUGGAGCUCCAACUCCGGUUGACCUCACAUCGUUGACUGCUCGAUGUAUCGAGCUCACGCAGCCGGACUUGAAGGCUAGCGGACAACAGAGUCGGGAUUGCCUGCUCGGACGACGCUUCGCCUUUCAGUCUAUCUUGCAGAGCGAUGCCGGUUUGCGCAAGGAUGUGACUGAAACACAUUGGAGGACAUUCCUGUCCGCAGUCACGAGGCUCGCGGCUGAGAAAGACUGGCUGCGUUCCGAGUGUGGCGCAAUGCUCUACGAGUAUCUGAGUAGUGAAGGCAGCAAGCUGAAGACUGCGCGAGUGCAAGCGUUGGUGGAUGCACUGCAAGAAGCAAAGCUGCUGGAGACUGCUGAAGGUGUUGCGUUAUGGGUCCUCAUUGCAGAGCAUUGGGAGGAGACCUUACCAAAAGGUGUAUGGUCGAAGAAAGAUCCAUUGUCAUCCGACGAACGGGCGAAGCUGAAGAGAAUGAUGAUCAGCGGCACGAGCUUCGGUGGUGAAGAUAUCGUGGCGGCCAAGAAGUCCGGCUCUGGAACCCGCCAGUCUCGACCAACACCUGCCUGGCAUCGUGUCCUCGACCAUCUGUAUCGGCGCAAUGAUCAGAGUGACUUCACUCGAUUCUGGCAAGACGUGGUAGCAGGCGGCUUGCUUGCAAAAGCAUCGUCAGAUGAGCGAAAAGCGCUGGGUCUGCAAAUUGCCUCUCUAGCUGUGUCCGAUGCUCCCGAAGCGUACAUCGGCAGUGUGAUGGACGAAGCAGUCAUGCGUACCAUCGUUGCACAUAGAGCGGAGAAUACACGCUACCUGUACGAUGCGGCUAAGCAGGUGCUUGAUACCAUCAGUAGGCGAGGUAAGUCACAGCCUACCACCAGUUUCAUCUUGCUCCAGCAACUAUUGCGUAAUGGUGCAUUUGACCAGCAGACCAGAACCAAGACAGUAGAAACUUUGAUGCAGCAAGCGGACGUCGACGGGUUGGACAGUAUCGUCAACCUAUUACACGAAAGCAUCUUCGAUAGGACGAUCAAGGACCAGAGCUCUCUAAAUAGUCGUCAAAGAGUAUGCGCCGACUUAUUGUUGAAUAUGAUCAGAGGACGCAGAACAGGACAGCAACCCGCUACGACGGAAGCCUCCACCGAUGACGGUAGUGAAGUAGUGCCAUGGCUAGAACACGCUUUGCGCGUGUUCGUGGAGGCAGGCUAUCAAAAGUCGACAUGCAUAUCCGAGACUACCCGCACGACCUUUCGCUCAAGGUUGACCUCAUCUCUAGCGUCGUUGCUUGUCUUGCCAUCGCAGAAGCUAAGCACCAUCUUCUCUGCUGUUUUGACCGCUUUGGCUGCCUCCCAGAAGACAACAGAUGCACCUCUGGACAAGCCAUCUCUGCAAGCACUGAAAACAGCUGGAAAGGCCAGAAAACAAUUGUUGAAGGGCAGCUCUACACCGGACCCUGUGGCGGCAGCGUCUGCUUUCGACAUCCUUUUUGGACUUUCCAUGCUGCAGGUAUAUAACGGAGAACCAGAUAGUGCAGAGGCUCUAAACGAUCUGCAGGCGAGCUAUGAGGUCUGGCAAGAAGGCGAAGAGGCCUCGACUGGUCUGAUUGAGCUGCUGCUGAGCUUCCUGGCCAAGCCUUCUAGGCUUCUACGAAAGCUAUCUGAGCAGGUAUUUACUGUCUUUGCCAAAGACAUGACUGCUGAGAGUCUACAAUCUCUUGUCGACAUUCUGCAACAGAAGGAGAGUCUUAGUGGGCAGCAGGAGCUGUUCAAGCAGGAUGGGGAGGAGGACGAUAACGAGGAUGGAGCUGUCAGUGAAGAUGAGGAAGACGAUGCUGAGGCUGUUGAUAUAGAGGAUAUGUCGGACGUCGAGCUCGUAAACGGCGCGGUAUUGGUAAAUGGAGUAAAAGAUGAUGAACUCGCAAACGGCGCCACGGGCUCCGCCUUGGAUGAAGACGACGAAUCUGAUGAGUCAGAUAGCUCUUCCGACACCAGUGAAGACGCCGAACUUUCCGCAGAAGACGAAGACGAAGAAACAGAAUUCGACCGCAAACUGGCUCUCGCACUCGGCUCUGCCGCUGCCAAUGGCAACGACUCGGGAUCAGACGACUCGGACCUCGACGACGAUCAAAUGAUGGCAUUCGAGGAGCCCCUGACCAACGUCUUUCGCGAACAGAAGAAAGUCGAUGCACAGAGACAGGACAAUAAAGGAGCCAAGGAGAACAUGAUCAAUUUCAAGAACCGUGUUCUGGAUCUGCUCUCCAUAUAUGUCAAGAGUCAAUAUGGGGACGUGUUGGCCCUUGACCUCAUAUUGCCGCUUACGAUGCUCGUGAGGACGAGUAGUAGGAAGCCGACGCAGGAGAAGGCUUAUGCGGUUCUGACACAGUACUUUGAUGCCUGUACGAAGCAUAAAUCUUUGCCGAGACCAGAUGAUACGGCAGCCUGCUUCGAGGUUCUGGCGGCUGUGCAUGAGGAGAUAAAGCUUGGUGGCUCGAAACUACAAGGUACGGUCUGUAGCCGCUCGAGCCUCUUCUUGGCUAAAGUGUUGGUGGCGAUGGACGUGGAGAAUUACCAGAUGAUCGGGGAGAUGUACCUCAAGUUGCAGAUGGAGUGUUUGAGGGACUCGAAGGUAGCAUCCGAAUAG